GAGAAGUUGUUGAUCUACUUGUUCCACAACUACGACCCAGUAGCCAGGGCGGUCCUUGAUAACUCCAAACCCGUCAACGUCACCAUCAACUUUCUGCUGCUCAGAAUCCAUGGAUUGGACGAAAGAAGCCAAGUUCUGACCACAACAGGUCUGGUCAUAGCGGAAUGGUACGAUGAAAGACUAACAUGGGACCCGCAAUUAUUCGGAAAUCUAAGCGAGAUCAUCAUCAAAGCUGACAAAAUUUGGUUACCAGAAUUGGCUGUAAUGAACGGGUCAGUGCAAAUGUUUAGUCAUGUGUGUCGGAUUCGAAUCCUGCUGCAGUACGACGGCAAGUUGCACUGGGAGCCUGGUGGCAUCUUCAAGACGACGUGUGACAUCGACAUUGCCUUCUUCCCAUUUGACGCCCAGCACUGCCCACUGGUCAUCGGCGCCUACUCCUACUACAGCAACAGGAUGAACAUCACCAACGCGUCCAACGUCGUCUCCUCGCACAACUUCCGAGUGAAUGGCGAGUGGCAGGUUUACGACACGGAAGCAAACUGGAACAUCACCAAAUUGGAUGGAUCACUUGACGACUGGCUAGGAUAUUCGCACGUUGUUUUCACGCUGCAUUUAAAAAGAAGGUACAAGUUCUACAUCAUGAACAUUGUCCUUCCGUGCGUCAUGCUCUCCGUUCUCAUCAUGAUCGAUUUCUGUUUGCCUCCAGAAGCUGGAGAGAAGAUAGCCUUGGGCAUCUCAGUCCUGCUGGCAUUCACUGUCUUCCUGCUCAUGAUCGCUGAUAACAUUCCGAGGACAUCAUCGGCCAUUCCUCUCAUCGUGACCUACCUGAUGUCGACCAUGUCACUUGGCACCAUCUCCAUCUGCAUGACGGUCCUCAUACUGAACAUGCACCACAGGGGUCUCAGAGGUUACGGAGUACCUUACUGGCUGGGAAAGAUUUGCUUUAGUUAUAUCGCUAAAUUCGUUUUCAUCGAGACACCAUAUUGCGAUUGGCCUUACUACACGACAAAUCGAUAUAAACCCCAAGAGAAAAGAUUGAAAAUUUCAAGAAAUAAUUCGAAAAAUUACGAAGUUGAAGGUUUCGACAAAAAAAUUAACACUUCUGAAAGGAACAACAAAUUGAUGGAGAGCAAAUUUCGAAACAGAAAAACAUGCCGAGAUUUGCUUAACGAAGAGAUGAAAUUUCAAAGCAAACAACCUAUGCCCUUGGAGAGUGUUUCUUUCAUCAAAGAAUGGCGGGAGCUAGCGAGGGUACUCGAUAGAUUUUUCUUCUGGAUACUUUUUAGUUUGAUGGCAUUCUCUUCCUUUUUGAUACUACUGUUCCCGAAGUACACAGGUAAUGAGGUCAAUCUACACGACUCCAUGUGA